GCUGCGCACAUUUCACACUGCGCGGAGUGAGCGGAGCUGAGAGUCUGCGUGGGGUGCAUGGCAGGGGGCUCACACUGAUUAUUCCCACCUCCCCCCGGAUCCGGAUCCCGGUACACACUGCCACAGACACGGAUGAAGGCUCUAACCUUAGGUGGCGUAUUACAACCAUCUCUAUCUAAUUGGUGACCUGCGUUUCCCUCCCCUCCCCCCGAAUCUGUGGACUUUACUACCCGGUUACAGAAGAUGAUGAAGAGACACUUGAGCUGUUGCGUUUUGAUCCUUUGUGCGAUAAGCACGAUUGGAUAUUCGAAUGGGCUGUCUGUGGAUUUGGAUGCAACGCCAAGGAUAACUGUGACCUAUAACGAGCUGUCUGAUCUGAAAUCAUUCAGUGCUAAUGUAAAGAAUUAUAGCACAUUACUCCUGGAGGACGAGAAAGGGAUUCUAUAUGUGGGAACAAGAGGCGCCAUCUUUUCUCUCAAUUCAAGUGAUAUUUCCCAUGGGUCACACAGAGCUAUCCACUGGGAAGUCACACCUUUAAAACACAAGGAUUGUUUGACGAAGGGCAAGAAUAAUCAGACCGAGUGCUUCAACCAUAUAAGGCUCCUGCAAACGUUUAAUGAUACCCACCUGUAUGUGUGCGGCACAAAUGCGUUCUCGCCGCUGUGUGGCUUCAUUGAUGUUCAGACCUUUGUUUUACCAGAUUCCUUUGAGGAAGGGAAAGAGAAAUGCCCCUAUGACCCUGCCACAGGUUACACGGGACUCAUAAUAGAGGGAGGUCUGUACACAGCCACACGUUAUGAAUUCCGGAGUAUUCCCGACAUAAGGAGAAAUCUUUAUCAACGAACUUUAAAAACGGAGGAAUCCCCUUUGCACUGGCUGAGUGACGCUGAGUUUGUGUCCUCUGCUUUUAUUCGUGAGAGCCUGAACGUCGACGUGGGGGACGAUGAUAAAAUCUAUUAUUUCUUUAAUGAGAGAGUAAUCGAAGAAAGCUCAUCUUUCUUAGAAAAGACGCAAGUGGCGAGUGUGGCCCGUGUGUGUAAGAGUGACAUAGGAGGGAAGAAAAUUUUGCAGAAGAAAUGGACGUCAUUCUUAAAAGCACGACUGGUCUGCUCGAUGCCUUACUACGAAACAUUAAAAUCUGUCUACACCCUGGAUCUAGGCAGCUGGGAUACAACAAUUUUCUAUGGAGCUUUUGUGUUACAGUGGAGGAAUAUGGAGGCAUCUGCUAUUUGCCAGUACAGCAUAUCAGAUAUUCAGAUGGUCUUUGAUGGUCCCUACAUGGAAUAUCAAGAUUCCUCACGGAAGUGGUCCAGAUUCAAUGGAGAAGUUCCAAAGCCAAGACCAGGCUCCUGUAUCACAGAUGAUUUCCGAAUCUAUGGAUUUAACUCUUCCCAGGAUCUACCAAACAACGUCUUGGACUUUGUCAAGCUUCACCCUCUGAUGUACGAGAAGGUAAAGCCGGUUGGUGAGCAGCCUCUGCUGAUGAAGAAGAAUGUUCUCUACACCCGGAUUGCAGUGGAUCGGGUCACUGCUCUUGAUAAUAAACAAUAUGAUGUCCUGUUCAUUGGGACAGGUGAUGGCUGGAUUCACAAGGCUGUGGCUACUGACUCUGCUGUCUAUAUUAUAGAAGAAAUCCAAGUGUUUAAGUCUCCACAACCAGUGGAAAACCUGGUGAUUUCCAAAACUCAGAAUAGUUUGUACAUCGGAUCGCAGAGUGCCGUUCUACAGAUAUCACUUUCCGGGUGCAGCAGAUACACUUCCUGUUACGAAUGCAUCCUGGCCAAGAACCCGUACUGCGGCUGGGAUGGGAAAACGUGUAGGAAAAUUGUCACCUCGGAAGACAGGGUACAGAUGACGCAGGACAUGCAGAAUGGUAAUGGAGGAUGUAUAAACAAUACAGCCGAGGGUCUUCCAAUAAAGAAGUCUCAGACAGUUUUGAAAGGUAAUGAUGUGCUUCUGCAGUGUGACCUGAAAUCUAACCUUGCCAAGCCUCGGUGGGUUUUGAACGGCACUGACCCACUGGACGAAAGUGAAAUUCAUUUCCGAGUGGGGAACGAUGGAUUGCUCAUCAUGGACACUCUUCUGGAGCACACUGGGGAAUACAGCUGCUAUUCCGAUGAAAAUGGCCUACAGUCUAUGAUAGCGCUGUACACACUUAAUGUUUUGUUAAAACUACCAAAUAUACCGUCACAGCCCACUCCUAUGGUCCAGUUGCCAACACCUGGAAGUCUUUCUUCUUCCAAACUGGACUUUGUCUACAUUUCUGUAAUUACAAUUCUUGGGGGACUAUGUCUUGUCCUGUCUGUUGUAUUGCUUUAUGUUUCAUGCCAGCAAAAAAGGAAGGGCAAGUAUGCUAUGGGCAGUUCCCGAUCGACCAAUGUUGAACUCCAGACGGUGUCAUCCAAUUUUAAAGAUAAAGUUGAGGAUCUUAACAAUUAUUCCGAUGGGUGUUUGCAAAUCAUACCUGGUGAAGCACCAACCUCUUCUCCAAAGAAAGGAAACCCUCCACCACCUCCGCCUCCACCACCACUUCCAUCAGAGUUCACCAAUGGGAUCACCACUUUGCCCAAUAUGUUGCGGAAAAUGAAUGGCAACAGUUAUAUGCUUCUAAGACAGAACGAGGAGGCCAGCUCUCCCUUGUAUAACUCCUUCACAGAGGAGCUCAGCAAGAUCCUUGAAAAAAGGAAACACACGGUAUUAGUAGAUAAAUUGGAUGAAAGUUCAGUUUAAGAUAAACUGAAAACAGACAGUGAAAACUAAAUCUUGCACAACCUUGAAACUACCUCAAGUAUAAUUAUUUUUUUAAUUACCAAUUUUAUUAUAUUUUCUUUUUCCAUUUAUAUCGUACUUAAAUUUAUUUAUACAAAUUCCUGCUUUUGACUCCUUUUUCUGGACCUGUUGCAUUUCUCCACCUUCUUCUUUGGGAUUAUACUGAAUGCGGAUCAAGGGAGACAUUGGGGACAUCCUGCUGGUGGAGAAGAUCCUGUUCUUCUUGUUUGUUGGCUUUUUGUUUUUGUUUUGGACUAAGUCUCCCCAAACAGAGACAAACAUAAAAGGACAGAUGUGUUGUAUUCUACGAGAGGUAAUGAUUAAAGAAGCUGAAGAGUUGAUGGCAGUUUAAGGAGAAUCACUUGUCGAUGAAGUCUAUUUUCCUUUUUCCUUCAUUAUAUUUUGGGUGUUUUUAUGAAGUUUUCCAGAUUGAUCUGGAGGACAAAUGACUACAUCUGCCAAACAGAGGGUAAUGAUUAAAGACGGCCAGCGACUAAUGGGAUCAGCUGCCCAAUUAACACCUCCAGGGUGAUCACACAUGUUAUCUGUGUCAGGAUGUUUGAAUAAACUUGAUGGGACAAUCGACAGGAAUGGAGAAGGCUACGUACUCCCAACAUGGAUAACUAUUAUUCUCACCUCUGCUAAGAAGCGUUAAAACCACUGAACUAAGCACUUUAAUUUUUGCUUGAGUGAUGGCUUUAAAAGAUGAUGGAGAAAUGCCACUGAUCUAAGCUGAAGAUACAGUUACAGAGUCAUACACAUGCAUGACUUGUGUGUCAUUGCAAUGCUACACACCUGAUCUUUUAAAGUUUAUAAAACCAUAAUUUAUAUCUAAGUCUGUUAUUCUUAGAUUUCCAAGAGACCAUCUAUUCAUCAGCUGCCUGAAACUUGCUGUGAUGUCACUGUCCCUGAUCCGUCUCACACGGUGCAUGAUGCAUAUAUCGUAACUGCAAUAAUGUAGAUCUUCAGUCACCCUUUGUACGUUCCAACACUGUGCAUUAUCUGGGACCAACCACUUUUUGGAAAUUGACUAAAAACCAAAUUUUGAGUUAACAUUCCGUGAAUGCAGAUGAUCCACUUUUAGAACCUUAUCUGGUAUUCCAAUGGUGACCAGUAAUGGUUGAAGGUCUUAAGGUUCUAUCCACCAUUCUGGACUCGCCAGUACUUUCACAAAUGAAGAUCUGCUGUAAUCCGUGUAUUAACUGUAGUUCCUAUUCCUUCUAGGAGCUUAUAUUGUCCUUUGUGUCCUACUGCUACACUGUGGACAUUACAAGUCGUUCUAUUGUAUAAUGUGUUGUUUAAAAAGAACAGAACCAACAAACACAGUGUUUAUCUUUGUAAGGAGGAAACUACUAAUGUUGCAGAGCUGAUCCUUCUUUUAAUGACAGGUGGUUUUAACUUUCUGUGAAAGUUUUCGGGGGUAAUCUCAAUGUGCAGUCGACAGCAGGUGGGAUUUCUCUUAAUCUCCACACAUAGAAAUAGGAAAUAUUUUUACCUAGGUUUCAAAUCAAAGAUUAAAAGGUAAAUUUUAAUAAAGUUGUUAAAUAACAAAACAAAACAAAAAACACAUAAAAAUGUGAACAAGGAAAACUUUGAAAUUUUUUUUUCCCACUUUCCUCGACAUUUGGGAUUUAGUGCCCCUAACGUGAUAUGUUGCUAUUUUAUAUUUCAGUGACUUUAAGCAAAGAUUGUUAUAGUCCUGGCAUUUCUUUAACUACAUAACAUUCCUUAAUCACUGUUACAAUGUCAGUCAGCGAGGAGUAAGAGAAGCUCUUUGUCCUGAAGAUGGUCCCUAUUAUAGCAUCUAGGCUCCAGUGAUGUCAUUGCAUGAUGUCAUUUAUGGCAACAGUGUUUUGAUGUCACACCGAGACUCACUCUAAUUAUUACCCCACUUGCACAUGCUCAUUGCAAUUUAAAGAAAAGGCACUGGCCAUAUGUAAGUGUCAACUGCAUGAAAAAUGGGAAAGCCAAUAGAGUUUAGGAUAUCCAUUAAAGCAUCAGACUUGGUGUUGGGAUUGAACACAUCAAAUCGGGACACUUUGCAACUGUGUUACUGUAUUGUGACAAGAAAGCACAUUUAAGUGGUAUAAGGAUGAAGAAUGCAAUACUUUAUCCCUACAUUUAUUUGGAUUAUUCAGAUUUUUAUACCUAUAUUGAUUUUUACAUGACUUGAAUUUUCACACAAACAUUCUGUUGCAAAGGUAUUUAUAACCACUGGGUUGCACUCACAUUGCAUUUAAUUGCCACAUUUCCUAAAAUUUCUAAAUCUCUUUUUACUAGUUUGUUCUCUAAAUAUAUUUUGUCUUUUACCAGAGAAGACCGUAAAACACAGAAUAUGAAACACAAACAUACAUAUACAGUACAAACACACACACGCACUUGGCUACAUUACGAGGUGAGUCUAAGCACCAAAGCCACGUAUGGUGAAAGGGACCCCGUCUAAGCAGUCUGUCUUUCAUUUGAAAGUUGCAUGGUUUAGCAAAAAAUAAAAAAAUAAAACCUAUAUUUUUUUCCAAUCACAAUGCUCUUCUUUACUACUGCCCUGUACUAAGCCACAAUGCUUCUCUGUUCGAAGCAUCUCUUCUAUAUGAAAAGCAUUGGAGUGGCCAGUCCUGCUGAUAUAUGCUUCAGCACUGAAAUCUGGAGUGAAAAAGGAUGCAGAUAAUGGAUCUGCAGCCAAAAAAAUAUUUUAUUUUUCGUUUAAAAAGCUGUAUGAAAUUUCAAUAAAUACAUAAUUUUUUUU